UAUUUAUAAAUAAACUACCACUGUAUUUUUUAAUUGUGCAGAAUCAUUAUUUUCUUAAAUUUGUUUAAAAUGAAAAUGAAGGUCAACAAUCGAAACUAACCAAGGAUUUCUGACGGUCACUGGGGCAGUUUGCUCCAAAUAUAAAAAUGUUUCGGCCAGCGUUUGCAGCACGACAGGUGAUUCAAAGAUGUUCGCAAAGACGGGCACUAGCAUGUGCUAUCCAUUUGAACAAAACAAACAUCUGCAAUAAAGAUAGUCGAGCAUACUGCCAGUGUCCCAGUGUUUUGAAUUUGCAAUCAAAGAGUAGACCAUGGAUAUCACAUAAAAGAUUUUAUUCAG